CAAGACAAAGAAGAGCGGCCCCACGGUCACUUUCUCUGUCUUCUCAGCUCCACAUAUGAUUUUCAGACAAUGCACAAUGGGUUAGUACUUAGUACUGUUAUAUACUUGUUGAGGAAGGAAUCUUUCUUACUUUCCAUAUUCAUCUUUUUCCCAUUUCACUAAAAAGGGUUUUACUGGGAUACAAGAGAGCUCUCUAGUCAAGACUCAAGACUAUCUCUUUUAUCUUCAAGAAUCAUCCUGUGGGUUCAAUCUUCAAAGGAUUUGCUCAAAACUCAUCAUCUUUCACCCCCACAGCAAAGUUUCAUUUUGAAGUAAGAUUCUUUUCUUCAUUUAAAGUUUUUACACUUACUUUUGUUCUUCUCAUAAACCCUCACCUUUAAACCCCUACAUCUCAGAAUUUACAUACCCUUUGCAUUACUAUGGAUGUUUUAUUGGAUUGGAAAUCAAUAGGUUCUGCAUAUGCAUCUCUAAUGUUUAUGAGAACUGCUGUAAGAGAUUUAAUACCUCCUGAAGUAAAACAAGUUGGAAAAACUGUAAUCAAUUACUUCUUCUCAAAUUUUGAAAAGAAACUCAUUACAAUCCAUAUUCAAGAUUAUGAAAACGGUGCUGAUAAUGAUAUCUUUAGAUCAGUUCAAUGUUACUUGGGUACUAAACUGUUUGAAUCAUCUUCAAAGAGUCUAAGGUUGUCGAAAUUCCUCAACUCGAAAUUUCAUAGGUAUACUAUGGUUCCUAAUCAAAGUAUUGUAGAUGUCUAUGAUGGUAUUGAGUUCAUAUGGACUUAUUGUACUGGUGAUAAUAAUGAAAAAGACAAGAGAAUUGGUUGUUAUUUCAAGCUUUGUUUUGAAGAGAAACACAAAGAGUUUGUGGAUUCAGCUUAUUUGUCGCAUAUAGCGAAAGAGGCUGACACUGUUAGAUUCAAGAACAGAGGAAAGAAACUUUUUACAAAUAGAUCUGGAGAAAGUUGGUCACAAGUUUGUCAGUUCACACAUCCUUCGACUUUCGAUACAAUUGCAAUGGAUCCAGUUCUUAAACAAGAGAUUCAAGAAGAUUUAAAGAAAUUUGUGAGCAGAAGCGAGUUUUAUACUAGAGUUGGUAAAGCAUGGAAGAGAGGUUACCUUCUAUAUGGCCCUCCUGGAACAGGGAAAACAAGUUUGAUUGCGGCAAUUGCUAAUUACUUGGACUUUGAUAUCUAUGAUAUGGAGUUAACUGCUGUAAGGAGCAAUGCACAGUUGAGAAGGCUUUUGAUUUCGACUUCCAGCAAAUCGGUUAUUGUUGUGGAAGAUAUUGACUGCUCAUUAGAUCUUUCGAGUCGGAAAAAGAAGAAAAAGAAUGCGGGAGAAAAUAAAAAUAAAGAUGACACAAACUUUGGGAGUAGUAGUCUGAGUUUAUCUGGUGUUCUGAAUUUCGUAGAUGGACUCUGGUCGCCUUGUGCCGGAGAGAGAUUGAUUAUAUUUACAACGAAUCAUAAAGAGAAACUCGAUCCGGCUUUGCUAAGGUCAGGUCGAAUGGAUAAACAUAUUUUGCUUUCAUAUUGUGAUAUGGAAUCGUUCAAGGUUUUGGCGAAGAAUUAUCUGAAUAUCGAAGAACAUGAGUUGAUGAAAGAAGUUGAAGAACUGUUGAGGUUAACUAAGAUAACACCAGCUGAUGUUGCAGAGUGUUUUAUGAGCUAUGAUGAAGAUCCUGACAUGGGUAUGAGAAAUGUGGUUGAAGUGAUUAACAAAAGAUUGAAAACUCAGCGCGAAAAAGAAAUACGAGAAACUAAGAAGAGAUUGCUCCUGGACAAUGAUAAGGAAGAUAAAAAGGAAAAAAAGAGAUUGAAGUUGACUGAAGAUGAUGCAAAAGAAGUGUUUAAGUCGGCAUCUGCAUUAAUAAAAAGAGAAGAAAAUGAAAUGGAAGAAGAAGAAGAUGAGACUGAGACCGAGGGUGAAGAUGAGACUGAAGAUGAAGAUGAUGACCAAAAUCAGUUUGAUUCCGAAGAAGACAAUGAGUUCUUUAUCUGAUAGCAAACAUUAUUAAGAGCAGUUUAGAUUUUGAAUUCAUGCACUUAAACUUGCUACAUGUUUUUAAUGCUUAAGUUGUGACAA